AUCAUGUGAAUCAUGGACCCAUAAAUCACCAAUUUGACUUCGCUUUGCUCGAAUCUGGCAUCUCUUAAAGGCAGCACGCACCCUCUGACGCCCAAAGCCACACACGCACACACACAUACACACACACCACAGCAAACAAAGCCACCGGCGAAGCGAUCAUUGCGCGGCUCAUCAUUGGAGUCGUUCAGGCGCGUGCAGCUCCACCUACACCUCUAGGAGCGGUCAUCUGCACGAACACGUUCACCUUCUUGGAGGGCAUCCUAGUCGGUCAGCUUGGCGCUCACAAGCAAGCAGCUCGCCCCACCCGGUCAACGAUCGAGCUUUACGCACAGUCAACGCGAGACCUCCCUGUUACACUGCACUGCGUUCCUUAGUCGCUCGCCGGCAGCAGCUUCUCGACAACGCACCGCCCACGGAUACCAAAAUGUCAUCCAACGGAUCUUCAGGGCAACACACCUCUGUGGAUCGCCAGACGCUCCUCUCCCUCGAUCACAUCCGAGCGGUGCUCAUCAGGCUCGAAGAUACCAUCGUGUUCGAUCUCAUCGAGAGGGCUCAGUAUGCUCAUAAUCCGCCGAUGUACGCCCCAGGAGCAUUCAAGGAGCUCAGAGAAAAGGAGAAUUGGGAAGCCAGCUGGGUCGAAUGGUUCCUCAAAGAGACGGAGGCUGCUCAUGCCAAAGUUCGGCGCUUCGAUACUCCGGACGAGUACCCCUUCACGCCCAUCGAGCAACUGCCCAAAGCAAUCUUGCCUCCCUUGACAUACCCCGAUGUCCUUUUCAAAGCGGCAGUCGUCAAUGCCAAUUCGCGCAUCUGGAGUUGGUACAGGGACGAUGUGGUGCCCGCCAUUACGCGGAAACAUGGCCUGCAGGCGGAUGAUGGGCAGUACGGCAGCGCUGCUACGAGGGAUGUGGAAGUGCUGAGCGCUGUUUCUAGGCGCAUACAUUUCGGCAUGUUCGUAUCCGAGUCGAAGUUCCAAUCCUCGCCAGCAGAUUUUAUAGAGCCCAUACGUGCAAGAGAUCGCGUCAAGCUGGAAGCGCUCAUCACCAAACCGGCAGUUGAGGCUGCUCUGCUCGUGCGUCUGGCAGAGAAGGCGAAAGUGUACGGGCAAGAUCUGGACACGCUCUUGGCUGCUGGCAAACAGGGCACAGCAAAGAUCGACACAGAGGAGGUGGUCAGGAUUUACAGGGAACGCAUCAUCCCCGAGACGAAGGUGGUCGAGGUCGAUUAUCUGUUGAAAAGGCUGGAAGGGCUGUCGGAGGAGGAAGUUGCCAAUUUGGCUAACAGGAGGUGACCUUGGAGACUCAGGGCAGCACUGCCGACGGCAAUACCAUCGUCGUCGAACUUCGGUAUGCUCGAGAUUCUCGUGACGUAGUGUCUUUCUCGCCCAUGUAAAGGCGUCGUCGAGCAGUCCAACGUCAUUCAUUGCUCGUAUUUACGCGCCUCUACUCCUUUUGGAGGGACGACAUCCACUUUUUUCGUUCCCACAUCUUUCCAAUUUGUGCUCAAAGCCGUACCUCCGCUCUCCACAAAGCUCUUCUGCAUGGCUCUUCUCGUAUCGUCGUCGGCAUCGGCAUAGAGCUUUUGAAAGAAUGCGUCAAUAUUGCCAUCUUGGC